AUGGCUAAGGAAAACCAAUCCUUGACAACUGAGUUUAUUCUCAUAGAAUUUACAGAUCAUCCAGUCCUGAAGGUCCUUCUGUUUCUGGUGUUCCUGACCAUCUAUCUGAUCACCAUGGUGGGGAAUCUUGGCCUGGUGGCAUUGAUUUGUAUGGAACGUCAUCUUCACAUACCAAUGUACAUCUUUCUGGGUAACCUCGCUCUGAUGGAUUCCUGUUGUUCCUGUGCCAUCACCCCCAAGAUGUUAGAGAAUUUCUUUUCUAAGGACAGAAUGAUUUCCCUCUAUGAAUGCAUGGCUCAAUUUUAUUUUCUCUGCUUUGCUGAAACUGCAGACUGCUUUCUUCUGGCAGCAAUGGCCUAUGAUCGCUAUGUGGCCAUCUGCAACCCACUACAGUACCACACCAGGAUGUCAAAGAAACUCUGCAUUCAGAUGAUCACUGGGGUCUACAUAGCUUGUAACCUGCAUUCUAUGAUUCAUGUAGGACUUCUAUUAAGGUUAACUUUCUGCAUGUCUAGUCAAAUUGACCACUUUUUUUGUGAUAUUCUUCCACUAUAUAGACUCUCCUGUACUGACCCUUACAUCAAUGAACUAAUGAUAUAUAUUUUUUCAAUGCCAAUUCAAAUCUUCACCAUUGCCACUGUCUUGGUCUCUUAUAUUUGCAUCCUUUUCACUGUUUUCAAAAUGAAAUCCAAAGAAGGGAGAGGCAAAGCCUUAUCAACUUGUGCAUCCCACUUUUUAUCUGUCUCAAUAUUCUACAUUUGUCUUCUUAUGUAUAUUCGACCAUUUGAAGAAGGGAGUAAAGAUAUACCAGUGGCAGUUUUUUACACAAUAGUAAUUCCUUUAUUAAACCCUUUUAUUUAUAGCCUGAGAAAUAAGGAGGUGGUAAAUGUUCUGAAAAAAAUUAUGAGGAAUUAUAAUAUUCUUAAACAAACAAUCCUCCAUGGAAAACUGAUUUUAAUUUAUUAA